AUGGAGAAAUAUGAGGUGCUGGAGCAGCUUCAGCCUGGGGCACUGGGCACUAUGCUGGUAGCUGCAUUGAAAACAGAAGAGGAUGUGGAGAAGAAAUAUGUAAUAAAGCAGGUUGAAUGCAUUGAAGAAAAGCAAGCAAAUGAGGCCUUGAAGGAGGCAAUAGAUCUGCUACAACUUCAGCAUUCAAACAUCUGUGCUUACAAGGAAUUGUUUGUGACCUGGGAUAAUGAGAUAUCAUCUGUCUUCCUUUGUCUGGUAAUGCAGCACUCAGGCCAAGGAGAUCUUUCAGCUGUAAUCAAGGAAAAAAGGCAGAAGUCAGAAAAAAUAACAGACAUGGUGGUUCUGAAGUUCCUGGGACAGAUGGUGGAUGCUCUGUUUUAUAUACACAAACAGAAUAUUUUCCACAGAAAUCUCAAGCCAUCAAACAUCCUUGUGACUGGUGAAGCAUCCUUCAUGCUUAGUGACUUCAGUACAGAAACACUUAUGAGAGAUGAGAUGAAAUGGAAGAGAAGAGUGGAAGAAAAUAAAAAGGCCUGGAUGGCACCAGAAACAUUUGUGUUUUCUUUUACUGAGAAGUCUGACAUCUGGUCCCUGGGUUGUGUUCUGCUUGACAUGAUGACCUGCUUUCUUCUGAAUGCAGAAGAGAUAACCUCCCUGCUGCAGGAUAUCAGAGAGGAUCCUGGCCACCUUGAGGGAGUUCUGACACUGCUGCAGGAUGGAGACAGCAGCUCUUUGCCUUUACUGCCAGUUUUAUGCACGAUGCUGCAGGUUGAGCCCAGCAUGAGACCCACAGCAGAGGAGCUGACUGAUGCCCCAUUUAUUAGGAAAUGUUUGGCUGUUGCUGAGGCCUCUGCAGUAAAACUGAAAAAGACUUUGCCUCCCACAAUAAUAGAUGUGCUCCUUGAGGGAGGAAUUGGAAGUGUUGUAGAAUUCAUGCAGACUUUCCAGGAUGUAGAAGCAGCACAGGCUAAAGCCAUCCAGCACCUUGCCAGCCUUGUGAGAGAUGAAAGUGCCUUGUCCUAUCUGCUGACACUGACAGAACUGAUCACUUGUGCUAUGAGGACUCAUCUAGAUUCUCUGCAGUUACAAGUAGAUGGCUGCAGUUUGCUGCUUGAAAUUCUUAGUCAAGCUCUGGAGCAGGAUGUGGUGGUACCCCUGGAUGAGAAUGUGAUCAGCUCUCUGGUAGAGACAAUGAGAAAACACUCUGAAAAUGAAGAGUUAAUUUCAUUGGCCUGCAGGUUGCUGAUGAUGAUUGCAACCAGUGAUAUUGCUGCGGAGAAUCUCUGGAAAGUUGGAGUCGUUCCAGACCUUCUGUCAACUGUAAGGAAAUUUCUUCCCAACCAAAAGAUUUGCCUCUCUUGCUGUGGAGUUCUCUGGAGCCUGGCUGUGAGUGAGAAUACAGACCAAAGACUACUGAAGAGAGCUGUCCCUGUGACCUCUGCAGUCCUGCAGGAGCACCUCCAGAGUGGGACAGUUGCUGAGUCUGCUUGCUCUGCCCUGUGGGCAUUGUCACUCCAAGGUUGCUUAAGUGAAGAUGAGUUUGAGCCCAUGACUGUGCUUCUGCUGGAUGCACUCAGGGAGCACCCAGGAAGAGCAGUGCUGGUGAAGAAUGUCUGCCUGGCCUUAGCAAGCCUUCUAAGGCUGUCUGAGACACCAGCUUGGAGACUGAUAACUGAUUCAGAAGGCAGUGGAAUAAACCUCCUUAAAGACACCUACCACCUUCACUUCCAUCAUCCACAAGUGGUGGAAAGUAUCUGCCUGCUGAUGAAUGAGAUGGUUCAGUAUGAUGAUGUUCUGCUGGAGAUGCUAUCCCUGAACAUGGAGGAACUGCUGUCUGACAUACAAAGCCACUUUGCUUCCAGCAGGGAGAUAAGGACCCUUGUGGAUGCAACGCUUCUGAAACUGCAGAAGUAAAGU